AUGGCUCUCAACAAGGAGAACAGAUUUGUAGCUGACUCUUUCCCCUUUCUCUCCACAUGUUUGAACUGCGAGGGAAUCCCUGCCGGAUCACCCCGUCCGUUGGACAGUUUGCAACAAGGCCUUGACCAAGGAUGCGGUCUCUGUACGGUCAUCCUCCAGGGCAUUUCGACUUUCGAGGCCGGCUUGAGCCGCGGCGAACUGGAACAGUUCGCAAAAAUCAAGUACGUCACCUGUUGGACUCUCAAGUAUGGUCCAUGCCGGAUCGGGCUGACGACUUCACCUACUGGGCACGAGCGGCAAGGAUCCGGCUCUGAGGACGACGACUUCGAAGCGUAUUCCCCUACUUUUGAACUUCUCGUUUCGCUUAUCGAGGAGAGACCAGACCUGUCGAGGGGCUUGCGAACAGCUGACUCCCUAAGAGUGCCCGCGCAGCUCCAGCUAUCGAAAGCUGUUCUACUGGCGAGCAAGUGGAUCGCCGAGUGCGAUGACUCGCAUCAAUGCCGGAAUGCAGAUCAAUCAGCACUUCCCACUCGGGUCCUCGACUUGUGCCCCAAAGUCGAUGGUCACAUCGAGCUGGUCGAAUCUCGAGGAGCGAGCGCGCAGUACGCGGCUCUGAGUUACUGCUGGGGCUACAGUGGCACGAAUUUCAAGACCUUGACCACGAACCUUGCUCAACACCAUCAAGGCAUUCCCUUUGCUCAAUUUCCCAAAUGCUUUCAAGACACCAUUCAGCUCUGCCAAGCUCUCAGCCUUCGAUACCUCUGGAUCGACGCGUUGUGCAUCAUACAAGACUCGCCAGGAGACUGGGAGAUUGAACUGGCCAGGAUGGCAGCCGUGUACUCAAACGCUUUUCUUACCAUCUCCGCCGCUGCUUGCUCGGAUCCCAGCAUGAGUCUCUUCGCCGACAGGCAAGUGUAUACCGUACACGAGACGGCAGAAUUCUCCCCUCACUCGUACCGCACCAUACCGUACGUCGUCUACGUCGAGUACAAGGAGAAGGAAACGGACAUGUACAGCGAUAUCGAUCCUAGCGUCGACACACCCAAAACCCACCUUUUCGAGUUCCGCCACGACACCGGAACAGCACACUGGAGAAUCAUGGAGCCUGGCAUCAGCGGGCUCAACGAAUCCCGCUUCGCCCAGUGUCCGGAUUCCCCGCUUUUCACCCGCGGCUGGGUCUAUCAGGAACGCCUCCUUUCGGCCAGGAUACUCCAUUUCCACGCCGAGGAAGUGCUUUGGGAAUGCCGGACUGGAGUGCGAUGCGAGUGUGGGAGCCUCGACGAUGACGAUGCCGCAGCCACGGACCGUACACGAGACAUCUGGCGCCUCCGGAACAAAGCUUCGUUGACUCGAGCGCUGUCGCCAGGGGCAAACCCCCAGCUCCUCUUCCAAGCGUGGGCAGACAUUGUGAUGCGCUUCAGCCAACUCGACCUCUCCUAUGACACUGAUCGCCUGCCUGCUCUCUCGGGCAUCGCCUCACGAUUCGCUGAGCAUCCCGUUGGCCAGUACUUCGCCGGUAUGUGGUCGGAAAUGUUCCCCACGUCGUUGAUGUACGAUGCUGCACCGCCGCCGGGACGCCGAGACUACCAGUUUGAUACAUCAUGUAGAUCCCGAGCGCCCUCUUGGUCGUGGGCAUCACUUCCUCUCUCCGGCCGCAACCAUGUCAACUACAGCUUCGCACUUCCCCAGUUCUUCGAGAAACCGUGCCCGGACUUUACCCUAAUCUUUGUUGCCAAACACUUCGUUGGCAAGAACCAGUACGGAUGGGUGCAGAAUGCGGAACUGAGAGUAUGCGCCAGAUGCGUGGAUUGCUUUGUCGUCAAGCACAAACAGUUCAUGAGCGGCUGCUCCUACACGGCCGAUCUCUGUCUGAACAGGAAGCCGCCGAAUACACUGCAGCGAGAUAGGAUCGUUUCGGACUCGAGAUUCCUGCAGCUUGACGAAUGGCAGACUGCUGUCCACAACGAAGAAGCGCUCUUCCUUCACCUUGGAAGCGAACAUGGUAUCGGGCUUCGGUUCGUAUACAGGAAGGACGAUGGACAGAUGGUCUACCGACGGAUUGGACUUGCGCUGAAUGAGGCCAAUGGAGGAACUUGGGCACCUCAUUCGACUAUUCGGGAGAUUACUAUUAUCUGA